AUGGAGCUGGUUUGCGGCUUGCCUGUUGCGCUGCUCCUUUCCAUCCACGUUUCUUCUCACGUUCUCGUCUCGUCUCGUCUCUCCUCCUCCCCCCAGUAUCCGUAUCCAUCCAUCCAUCCAUCCAUCCAGUAUUAUCCCAUUCACCUCACACCCCCCGUCGCCCUGUUACGUUGGCCCGUUGUCCCGUCUGCCCGUUUCUUGUCUCUCCCGUCCCUCUCUCUCUUGACUCUUGCUCGUUUGUUCUGCCCUUUAUCCAGAGCCUGCCCCCCCUCCAUCUUCCUAAUUCCCAGGUCAUGUCCAUGUCGUCUGUUCUCAUCUGAAAAUGGCACGAGUGUCGACUGCUUCGCCUUUGCCGUAAAUUCUCUUUCUCGCCAUCUCGAACCGAACGCUGUCCGACAGGGUCCUGAAGCUUUCCUGUCACCGCGCAUCUUGCCUGCCGCCAGCCAGCCCACCCCCCCAAGCAAGCCAAGGUCGAUAAUACGUAAAUACCGCAUCGCCCACCUUCGACCAACCAGUUCGUCCCCGGCGCAUCACCAUCACCUACCCAGGUUCACCACCGAACCGACUCUUCCCUUUUCUUCUUCCUACCCUCUUGCGACUGGACCUCAACUGCCUGUUGACCUUGUACGCAACUGUGUGGCGAUAAUUUGA